CCGCCAGGGUCACUCUCAAACAUGUUCAGCGUGGAGACUUUUGAGGGCCAGAUAUGUGCCGUAAUGGAGACUCUGGUGGAAGCGGUGGUGGCGGAGCUCAGCAGACUUCUGGAGGGGUACUGGGCUAACGUAAUGGCCGCCACCCAGCACCGCUCUGCUCCGGCCGCAGCGACGGCCGUGAAGAACGAAGACGAGGAGAGCGAAGUGACUCCACCGGAGCGGAGCCAGCAGUUUAAUAAAGCUAUAAUGAACCAGUUCGCAGCCCUCAUGGAAGCGUGGACCAAAGAUGCGGUGGAGAAAAUAUCGAUGAUGUUGAAAGUGUCCUUGCCUGAAGCUGAGGAUGGUCCCGCUGCGGAGCAGAGAGCAGGGCUGAAUGACGAGAUGAGACAGACAAGCGUGAAGCCGAAAGCGGGGCCAGGGGCCAGGCCCAAAAGGCAGUCCGCAGCCAGAGGCUCUCGUCUGAGAAAGAAAAUCGAGGGAGGACUUAAGCCAGCAGUAAGAAAGGAGAAUGACCAUGUGUAUUACCAAGAGGAGCAACAGACUGAAGAACCAACAGCAGCAGCAGCUGACUCAGAAUCAGUGAUCGAACCUGCUGAUGUAGCCACACAUAAAGAGAGGAACUCCCAAUCGCUGUCUGAACCUGAAGCCUCGUUCACAGACCCCACCUCAGAGCCGGCCCCUGAGCUGGCCUCCGAUGUCGUUGAGGAGGAUGGCAUCCAGCAGGAUAAGGACACUUCAACUACCACAUCCAAGAUCAAAAAGAAGACGACCACAGGUGCAUUCAAAUGUUCGUCCUGUGACAAAACAUUUGCUCUGAAGUGUUUGAUGGACAGACACUACCUGACUCACUCCAAGCCUCACCUUUGCUCUGAGUGUGGCAAACGUUUUGCCGGACUGCGGGGGCUCACCGCGCAUUCGAGACGUCACACCGGAGAGAAGCUUUACAAAUGCUCAGAGUGCGGGACAGAGUUUGCUUACAAGUCUACCUUCGAGAGACACAUGCGUCAGCACAGCCUGAAGAAACCGAACACCCACAUGUGCACGCUGUGUGAGAAUCAUUUCACCGGGGCAUUGGCGCUUCAGCGGCACAGGUGUUGUGCCCUGAAAAAAACAUUUGUCUGCUCUCUUUGUCCAGAGACAUUUGAGUGCAGAAAGAGUUUGGCUGAUCACGAGAAUCUACAUUCAGGAGACAGAGACUUUGUCUGUGAAGUGUGCGGUGAGAGUUUCUUCUCGUCCUCCUCCUUGGCAACUCACCGGGUGACUCACAUACAAAAGGAAUACUGCUGCGACGUGCUCGGCCUUGGAUGCAGCGACAUGAGUGUCCUCAGAAAUCACCUGAGCAAACACACCGGAGAAAAACUUUUCACCUGCGAGGUUUGCGGCAAAGGUUGCAGUCACCAGAGUGCUCUGAAACACCACAUGCUGACCCACACGGGGGAGAGGCCGUACGUCUGCGAGACCUGUGGCAAACGCUGUGGCCACGCCAGCGCGCUUCAGAACCACAUGAGGAUCCACACAGGGAGGAAACCGGGGCAACAGCCGGUCUGCAGCGUGUGCGGGAAAAAAUUCCGCUGCAUGGUCAACCUCAAAUAUCACAUGAGCAUCCACACAGGGGAGAAGCCUUAUUCCUGCGAUCAGUGUGAUAAAAAGUUCAGCAACCCCAGCAAUCUAAAGUUACACAUGAUGAUUCACUCAGGGGAGAAGAUGUAUGGCUGCAACAUCUGCGGCAGGAGGUUCACUCAGUCCAGCAGCCUCAAGUUGCACAGACGGAUCCACACGGGAGAAAGGCCGUAUCACUGCAUGGUCUGUGGGAAAGGAUUCGUACACAGCGGCGACUUCAAGAAACAUCAGAGGGGUCACCUGCCAGAGGAACCAGGCGACGGACAGUCUGAAAAAACUGCAGCAAAAACCUAAACGGUCACUUAUUGUGCUUAGCAUUGAUAUAGAUUGUUUUUUUUUUUUUUUUUUUUGCAUACACUGGAUUUAGGGCUGGGCAAUGUGACGAUAAAUACUGUGAGACAAUAGAAAUUUGUCGACUCUCAAAGAUUUAUAAUCCUGUUCAUACAGAGGUGUCUCUCACUAGUUGUCAUGCAUUGCAAAACAAUCAGCAGGACUGUUUUAUGGCAGUAUAAUUUGCUGGAGUUCAAAUGGGAUUAUUAAUGGUUAUUUUGUUUCUCAGUUUUCUAUGGGUAAAAAUUUCCAUGGGUAAAAUUACAUACACUACAUGGUCAAAAUUGUGUGAUGAAAUUGUAAUGUUUAACAUGUCACUUGAUAAUCAUGGGUAUUAAUCCGCUGCUAUAAAAGCCUCCUCUUCUGGUUUCAUUCCACCAGAGGUUGAACCUGGCUGCAGGGAUUUGAUCCCAUUCAGCCAGAAAAAUAUUAGUGAGUCCAGCACUGAUAUUGGGUGAUUAAGGUCUGGAUCUCAGUCAGCAUUCCAGUUCAUCCCAAGGUGUUGGAUGGGGUCGAGAUCAGGGUUCUGUGCAGGUCAAGUUCUUUCACGCCAAACCGGGAAAACCAUUUCUUUAUGGACCUGGCUUUGCACACAGCUACAUUGUCAUAUUGAAACAGGAAAGAUCCUUUCUCAAAGUUUUGCCACAAAGUUGGAAGCACACUAUUGUAUAAGAUGACAAAUGAUAAUAUCUUGACGAUUAACCAAUGAGUUAAUGACUAAAAUAUUAAUAAGGUAAGCACUUGGUUCACAGUGACUUCUCAAAAGUUUGACAUAAAAAGUUCUUAAAAUUGA